AUGGAAGUUGAAGACAAUCAGACAUUGGUUACUGAAUUUGUCUUGGUUGGGUUUACAACAGACCCAUUUCUACGCAUAAUCUUCUUUGUGCUGUUCUUGCUCUCCUACAUCCUAACACUGACUGGGAACCUGGGCCUCAUGGCACUGAUCUACCUAGAAUCCCGCUUGCACACACCCAUGUACUUCUUUGUGGGCAGCCUAUCCUUUCUGGAUGUCUGGUACUCCUCGGUCUACACUCCUCGGAUCCUGUCUGACUGUGUGUCCAAGAACAACCACAUGUCCCUAGCUGGUUGUACAGCCCAGUUCUUCUUCUCUGGUGGCCUGGCCUACAGUGAAUGCUUCCUACUGGCCUUCAUGGCCUAUGACCGCUUUGUGGCCAUCUGCAACCCACUCCUUUACACCACUGCCAUGCCCAAGAAGCUCUGUGUCCAGCUGGUUGCAGGAGCUUAUGUAGCUGGCUUUGCCAAUGCCAUUGCGCACACCAUUAAUACCUUUCGGCUACACUUCUGUGGGAACAAUGUCAUCAACCACUACUUUUGUGACGCAGUACCACUUGUGAAAAUGGCCUGUGAUGACACACAAGUAUAUGAACUCAUUCUGACUGCUCUCAUUGGUAGUAAUAUGUUAAUAACCACAGCUGUCAUCAUGAGCUCCUACACUGGUAUUGUGGCAGUCAUAAUCCACAUUCGCUCAGCCACAGGGAGACGCAAAGCCUUCUUCACUUGCUCGGCUCACUUGGUCUCAGUCACCCUCUUCUAUGGUUCCAUUCUUAUCAUGUACUCCAGACCCAAAUCUCAGCACACUCCCAAUUGGGACAAGGCAAAUGCGUUGUUCUAUACAGUAGUCAACCCUUUGGUCAACCCUUUGAUUUACAGCUUACGGAACAAUGAUGUGAAGGCAGCCUUCAAGAAGAUCUGGGGGAGAUUUCUAGCACACAAAUAA